CUUGGGAACAAUACAGAACGUCGAGGGAAUUCUGGUGGGACGGAGAGCUUUACCAGUGAAGGGACUCUUUUCCUUUUUGUUAUCAUCCCGGGUAUCGGUCGCAACUCGGUCGCAUUACCUACGAACGUCGUCGCGAACCCCCACUCCCGUCUCCGUCACUCACCUUUGGCCUCCACGUGUGCCUCCGAACCGUUCCUCAGAGACGUCCCCCGAUUCACAAGGGCGUCGCGACCGUAAUUAAUACUUCAAAAUGGCGACCGACUUGAUCAUGCCCCGGCAGCCCGACCAGCACUCGGCCUUUUUCCAGGCGCAGGCCCAACAGCUCCCACAACAACCACCUCUCCCGACGUUCCCCCCGACACAGCCAUACACCCCCCAAAUAUCCCCCGUCAGCACCUCCGGAAAUGCGUCGCCCACUUCACCCAAGAACUACAUGACGCGCCCAAUACGGCCGCUCUUUAUGCCGGCCGUCUUGCGACCGACGGAGUUCCCUUCGAAGCAGCCGGCCCAAAAGUCGCCGCUGGAGGAUGAGGAGGAAGAAGAGAGGAUGCUGAAAUCGAACAGCAGCUUCAUAAGCCUGAGCGGUUUGGGCGCACUGGGCAGACUGAGCCGGCGAUCGACUGGCGACAGCGGGAAGUGCGUGGACGAGAGCUGGAACCUCGACAAGUUCCCGAUCCCAACCGGUCCACCCACGAGGGAACAUUGGAAGCCCGAUCACGAGUCUACCAUGUGCGACCAUGCGACAUGCAGGAGAACCUUCACCUACUUCACGCGACGGCACCAUUGCCGGAAAUGCGGCAACAUAUUUUGUGACCCGCACAGCACCUUCGAGAUCCCGCUCGACCAAGACGCCAACUUCAACCCCCGCGGGUUCCAGAGUCGAGCAUGUCAGCAUUGCUACUCGCAGUUCAAGGAGUGGCGUAGUCGCGCCAAUAGCCAGUCCUCGGCCGCGGCUUCGUCUGAGACCGGCUCGACCGAUUCCCCCGCAACCCCUAUCGGCGCGUCGGCCGCUGUUUGUGUGGGGAAACCCGGACUACAGGACCUGGCCAUGAGCGUGCCGCGGGACUGGAAUUGGAGCACCUUCUGAGCCGGCCGCAAGACUCGGGGUCAAGAACCAGCACAUGGCGCCAGCCCGAGAAUUCGCGCGCCGCGGAGCCCAGAGAUGGAAACUCGACGACCGAACCUAUCGGUACACAGCAGUUCGAGCUGACAGCACGCCAACUCGCAGCGCUCGCUGAGCCGCGAAUGUGGCCACCCAUUAGACGAUGUUACGAAUGACGGCCAAGAGAGACCGACGAACCUAGAAUGAUUUCUCCGAGCUCUGAAAGCGCAU